UUGCAAUACCAAAUGGAUUCUGAAAUACCUGAGAGUUACAGUAAGGAUGAGAUAGUCUGGGCAAAGAUAAGAGGAUGUAAAUGGUAUCCAUUAUUUUAGACCCCUGGUGGCCUGGAAUUAUCGCUGAAGUGAUAAAGGAUAAAUAGUCAUCGGAACCUGCUAAAUAUCUUGUAAAUUUCAUUGGAGAUAACUCACAGUAUGAUUAACCUUUGAAUAGAAGUUCCACAUUACCUUUUUAAAGUCUUGCCAAAUAUCAGGAGAAGUAUGAGGAAAUAGUGCAAAAAAUCAAAACUAAGCAACACAAAGAUUCGGUCACAGCAGCAGAUUAGAUUUUGAAAGGGCAAUCAACAUAUGAAAGUAUUUAAAUUCUGAUAUAAGUUGAAUCAAAAAAAAUCUCUAAGAAAAAGAAUUUCACUAAAACAGUCAGUAGAAGAAAGAAAACAAGAUCAUCUUCAAGUGAGGAACAUAGUGGAAUAUAUGGAUCAUCUAGAAAAUCUAAGAUGGAUUCGGAGGAUAGUACGAAACCUGACAAUUUUAGUUCAGAGAUUAAAGAGUUAUUGAAAAUGAUGAACGAGACUAAAUUGAACCCAGUAUUAAUAGAAGCUAAAAUAUCAAGUGUAUGAUAAAUAAUAAAAAUAAUAGCUGAUUCAGAUUGUUGAUUUAGAUAGACCUGACAUAAUGGAAGUUUUGUAGGGCCCCAAUGGGAAAUUGCUAAUGCAGAUACAAGCACGAUUAACGGAUAAGAAGAACCUCUCUUAAGCUUAAAUGAAUUUUACACAAUUCCUUGAGAAAUUAAAAUCAAUCGUAUUGAGAACGGUAAUACAGAAAUGAAAAAUCUAGUUUUUUACAGUAUUUUGACCCAACCGAAAUCAUCCAGUAACUCCAUUAAGUAUCAGGUUAAAAGAAGAUCACCCAAAAGUUAUUAGAGAAACUGUAAAAUCAACCGAAUUUCAUCUUGGAUUGUACGAUAUUCAAUACUAAUUUAAAAGCUGAAGACGACAGUGAGGAUUCAGAUUCAGGAGAAAGUGAUGGAGAAAGCGAAGAGGAUGAAUCUAGUGAAGAAUCUGUUAAAAAGGGGAAAUAUUAGAGACAGAUUCCUAUUACUAAACCCAUAAUUAGAAAAAAAUAUACAUAAGCUUAAUCACCUAAGAAACCCAGAAAACAAAGUCAGGAUGUUCCCAAUCCUUUACAAAAAAACAAGGUAGUGUAGAAAAUAUCUGAAACGAUAUCAGAAUAUACUGAUUAAAUCAUUCCAAAGAGGAUAAGUGAAGAUAUUGAGAGCAGGAUUAGAUCAUGUGAUUCAAAUAUGGGAUUUGUAUAUAAGAAAAAAUAUCGUACAAUUCUAGAAAAUAUUAAAGUAUAAAGAGUUUGUUAUUAAUCUUAGAAAUAAUCUAAACAAGACCUAAUCAAUUUGUUAUCAAAUAGUUCAAAUUAAGAAUAGUUAUGGAGUAAAUACAUAUUUUAUUUUCUAGAUCUUCUGAACGGGAAUACUUAGAGUAUGAACCAGAGUGGAAAUAAGCAAAAUGAUUAUGAAUAAUAAUAUUCAUGA